AUGGCCACCGCGCUCGGUGGAGGGGCCCACCCCACCGCCGACGCCAUGGAGGUCGACCCGCCGCGUGCCUCCGCCGACGAGAAGCAUGUCGCCACUGUUAUGGGGGGAAGUGAUGCAGUGACAGGUCAUAUAAUAUCGACCACGAUUGGGGGAAAGAAUGGUGAACCAAAAAGGACCAUUAGCUAUAUGGCCGAGCGAGUUGUUGGAACUGGAUCAUUUGGGGUUGUCUUCCAGGCAAAAUGCAUUGAGACUGGUGAAACUGUUGCAAUUAAGAAGGUUCUACAGGACAAAAGAUACAAGAAUAGGGAGUUACAAAUAAUGCGGUCGAUUGACCAUUGCAAUGUCAUUUCCCUGAAGCAUUGUUUCUUCUCUACCACAAGUAGGGAUGAACUUUUCCUUAACUUAGUCAUGGAGUUUGUUCCAGAGUCACUUUAUCGUGUUCUAAAACACUACAAAGACAUGAAGCAGAGGAUGCCCCUUAUAUAUGUUAAAUUGUACAUGUACCAGAUACUUCGGGGAUUAGCUUAUAUUCAUACUGUACCAGGAGUUUGUCACCGAGAUAUUAAGCCUCAGAAUAUUUUGGUGGAUCCUCUUUCCCACCAAGUCAAGGUUUGCGACUUCGGGAGUGCUAAAAUCUUGAUUAAAGGUGAAGCUAAUAUAUCAUAUAUAUGCUCACGUUAUUAUCGUGCUCCUGAGCUCAUAUUUGGUGCAACUGAAUACACAACAUCUAUUGAUAUAUGGUCAGCUGGAUGUGUUCUUGCUGAGCUCCUUCUUGGUCAACCUUUAUUUCCUGGUGAAAAUGCUGUGGACCAGCUUGUUGAGAUUAUCAAGGUUUUGGGCACCCCAACUCGAGAGGAAAUUCGUUGUAUGAAUCCCAAUUAUACAGAAUUCAAGUUUCCUCAGAUAAAAGCAUGUCCAUGGCACAAGAUCUUCCACAAGAGAAUGCCUCCAGAAGCAAUAGAUCUUGUUUCCCGUCUUCUUCAGUAUUCGCCGAAUCUGCGAUGUAGUGCACUUGAGGCGUGUGCUCAUUCAUUCUUUGACGAGUUACGAGAACCACAUGCAAGACUCCCAAACGGACGCCCAUUUCCUCCACUAUUCAACUUUAAGCAGGAACUAGCAAACGCACCACCGGAGCUUAUCAGCAGGUUGUUACCAGAGCAUGCUCGACGACAUUCAGGAUUUGGUUCCUUAUUUGGGAGUGGGCCGUAG